GAUAAAUAUACCGAACUGAGAAUCGUCCACUUGGGUUUAUCAGGAGAUGCGGACUUUACUGCUCCUGUUGCUUAUUUGCCUCAUCGUAGGAGAUGCACUGGCAAAAAAAAGGUGUAGAAAGAGGGCAAAUAAAGGAGACAAGUGUAAAUAUGAAGAGAAAGUCAGAGGAAGAUGGAGACAAAGGAGUUGUGCUUCCGAUGAAGUUUAUUCUGCAUCUAGUUGUGGAUGUGAGAUUGAUUGGGAAACAAAAUAUAAAAAUUUGUUGAAAUACGGAGGCAAUGGAGGAAAAGGCGGAGACGGAGGAGACGGGGGUAACGGCGGAGAAGGGGAUGACGGAGGAGACGACAACGGUGACGAUGACGGAGAAGAUGAUGGGGACGAUGACGGAGAGGGAGAUGACGACGAUUAUGACUAUGACUAUGGAGACGAUGGUGACGAUGGCGACGAUGACGGAGAUGAAAGUGGAAGCUCCGGAAGUGAUUCUUCUGGGAGUGGAUCAGACAGUAGUUCAAGUAGCGAUUCCGGAAGUGGGUCAGACAGUGGCUCCGAUAGCGGAUCUGGCAGUGGAUCAGACAGCAGUGGCUCCGAUAGCGGAUCUAGCAGUGGAUCAGACAGCUCCGAUAGCGGAUCUAGCAGUGGAUCAGACAGCAGUGGAUCAGACAGCAGUGGCUCCGAUAGCGGAUCUGGAAGUGGAUCAGACAGCAGUGGCUCCGAUAGCGGAUCUGGAAGUGGAUCAGACAGCUCCGAUAGCGGAUCUGGAAGUGGAUCAGACAGCAGUGGCUCCGAUAGCGGAUCUGGAAGUGGAUCAGACAGCAGUGGCUCCGAUAGCGGAUCUGGCAGUGGAUCAGACUGUAGCUCCGAUAGCGGAUCUGGAAGUGGAUCAGAUAGUGGGAGCAGUGAAAGCAGUUCAGGUUCUAAAUCUGGAUCUGGAUCUGACAGUAGCUCAGGAAGUGAUUCGGAUAGUGGGUCUAGCAGUGACAGUGAUUCAAGUAGUGAAUCAGGAAGUGGAUCAAGCAGUGGGUCAAGUGGCAGCUCAAGUAGUGGAUCUGACAGUGAUGAUGAUGAUGAUGAUGAUGAUGAUGAUUAUGAUGAUGAUGAUGAUGAUGAUGAUGAUGAUGAUGAUGAUGAUGAUGAUGAUGAUGAUGAUGAUGAUGAUGAUGAUGAUGAUUCCGAAUACGGUGGUUAUGGCAGAAAUGGGAAGAAAAACGGCAAGAAAAGAUAUUCUAAAAUUCUAAAGGCACUUACAUGUCGGGGAAAAGGUUGCAGAGAUGGAUAUGGAAAAAGAAAGGGAAGAGGUAAAGGUAACGGAAAUGGAAAAGGCAAUGGAAAUGGAAAAUAUGGAAAAGGUAAUGGUAAAAGAAAUGGCAAUGGAAAUGGAAAAAAUGGAAAAUAUGGAAAAGGUAAUGGCGACGGCAAUGGAUGCGGACCUGACGGAAAAGGGCCCGGUUGCAAGAAUGGAAAUGGCAAUGGAAAUGAAAAAUAUGGAAAUGGUAAUGGUAAUGGAAAAUAUGGAAAUGGUGGUAAUGGAAAGUAUGGAAAUGGCAAUGGUAACGGCAAUGGAUGUGGACCCGACGGAAAAGGGCCCGGAUGUGGAAAUGGAAAUGGUAACGGAAAUGGCAAUGGAAAUGGUGGUAAUGGAAAAAAUGGCAAUACCAACGGUAACGGCAAUGGAUGCGGACCUGACGGAAAAGGGCCUGGAUGUGGAAAUGGUAAUGGUAACGGAAAUGGCAAUGGAAAUGGUAAUGGUAACGGCAAUGGAAAUGGUGGUAAUGGUAAAUAUGGAAAUGGUAAUGGUAAUGGCAAUGGAUGUGGACCUGAUGGAAAAGGGCCCGGAUGUGGAAAUGGAAAUGGUAAUGGUAACAGACAUGGCAAUGGUAAUGGUGGUAAUGGAAAAUAUGGAAAUGGCAAUGGUAACAGCAAUGGAUGUGGACCUGAUGGAAAAGGGCCCGGAUGUGGAAAUGGUAAUGGUAAUGGAAAUGGCAAUGGAAAUGGUAGUGGAAAAUAUGGAAAUGGUAAUGGUAACGGCAAUGGAAACGGUGGUAAUGGAAAAUAUGGAAAUGGUAAUGGCAAUGGAUGCGGACCUGACGGAAAAGGGCCCGGAUGUGGAAGUGGAAAUGGAAAUGGUAAUGGAAAUGGCAAUGGAAAUGGUGGAAACGGAAAAUAUGGAAAUGGAAAUGGUAAUGGUAAUGGAUGCGGACCUGACGGAAAAGGGCCCGGAUGUGGAAAUGGAAAUGGAAAUGGUAAUGGAAAUGGCAAUGGAAAUGGUGGAAACGGAAAAUAUGGAAAUGGUAAUGGUAACGGCAAUGGAUGCGGACCUGACGGAAAAGGACCCGGAUGUGGAAAUGGAAAUGGCAAUGGAUAUGGCAAUGGCAACGAAUAUGGCAAUGGAAAUGGUGGUAAUGGAAAAUAUGGAAAUGGUAAUGGUAACGGCAAUGGAUGUGGACCUGACGGAAAAGGUCCCGGUUGUGGAAAUGGAAAUGGCAAUGGAAAUGGUGGAAAUGGUCAUGGAUAUUAUGGAAAUGGCAACGGAAAUGGAUGUGCACCUGGUAGCAAAGAUCCUGCUUGUGGAAAUGGUGGAUACUGGCAGAAACCUGCAGUUGCUGGAUCAUCCCUCUCCUAUACAGGAGGAAAGAUGCGGUUACCAGUUUACCUUAAUAAACCUUCAUACUCUUAUAAAACAUUAUCUUACAGAUCGGGUUGCAAUCCUUCUGACCCUAAUUCACUUUGCUAACAAUGUAUCUUGGGUAUGUUUAAAAUUAUGUUGUACUUUAUUGUGGGCAUUAAAAAUGCCAUCUUUUAAGACUUCGUUUGUUAGAAAACUGACAUGUUUUUUUUUCAUAAUUUUUGUUUGUACACAUGACACAGUAUUAUUAUAUUGCUAUUAAAAGAAUCAUUGAUAUUA